AACAGAACGCCCUUCUGUUUGUCACGGCGUGCUGUUGUGUGCAUUCAGUUUGAUAAGAGGAAUACUCAAAAAUAUAUUCAGAAGGAAUCGUUUCAUAAUGUUACGACCUUUAUCUGCUGAAUUGGCUGAAAAAGCUCGUUUGGAACUGAAUGAGGAUCCGAGUCGUGUCAGCGAUGCUAUUCAGCAUAUGAAGGAUUGGUUGGUAAAGCAACCACAUCUACGAGCUAGAACAGAUGACCAAUGGUUGCUUGCGUUUCUCCGUGGAUGCAAAUUUAGCUUAGAAAGAACAAAGGAAAAAAUAGACUUGUACUACGCCGUUCGUAACACGGCACCGGAAUUCUAUCGAAUUAAACAUACUGAUCCGCAAUUCAAUGAGAUUUUGGAACUUGGUUCGCUCAUAGUAUUACCGAAGUUGGCUAGUCCAGUAGCCCCGCGGGUCUUUAUGAUAAGACCCGGCAGUUACGAUGCGGACAAAUAUGCAAUCGCUGAUGUUAUAUCGGUAAAAACUGUUAUAGAUAAAAUAUUAUUAAUGGAAGACGACAACAUGGCGGUGGCCGGCAGCCAAACUAUUUUGGACCUAGACAACGUGACGAUGUCGCAUUUUUUGCAAAUGACGCCGAUGGUUAUAAAAAAGAUGGUCGUCGCCACACAGGAUGCUUUGCCGUUACGCAUGAAAGGAACUCACUACUUGAAUACUCCCACCGGAUUUGAAACUAUUUUUAAUGCGAUUAAAAGCUUAUUGACAGCGAAAAAUCAAAGUCGACUGUAUGUGCACAACAAAAAUUACGACGAGCUGUACAAGUAUAUUUGUAAGGACAUAUUGCCCGCAGAGUACGGAGGAGAAGGAGGUACUAUUAAGGAGAUAACAGACUAUUGGAAAAAGAAAGUGGAGGAGUACAGCGACUUCUUAGAGGCGGAUUAUCAGUACGGCACUGACGAGACCAAACGUCUCGGCAAACCGAAGACCGCGGAGGAUAUGUUCGGAUUAGAAGGAUCUUUCAGGCAGCUACAAUUCGAUUAAAU